AUGUCUGCCGCCGUCCACAAGCCCCUCCCACCUCGCUCCCAGUUGGACAAGAUCCUCAAGGGCAAGGUGAGGAACGAUGUCGAGAAGGAGGACCUGCAGGUCUUUGACAAGGGCGUGUUCAUGAACGAGCUCUUGCGAAUUGGUAUUGCCCUCGAGACCACCAAGCAGGGUGUUCUCAAGGGCGGUCUCGUUGCCAAUGAAGGUAUCAAGAAGGGAACCUUCAAGGGCACACAGCUUGCCAUGACCGAGAUGUACAAGAUCAUUGAAGAAGCUGCUGCGGCUCACUAUGACGCCCGAGGCUUCGAGCCUAUCUUCCCCGUUGAGAGAGAUCUCACGACCAAGCAGCAGAUCUACCAGUGGACCGAUGGAUCUGACGGCUACCCUCCUCAUCUCAAGGACCUCCCUGAUGAUGAGAAGGACGACCAGACCAACAACCCAGAGGAACAGCCCAGGAGUGAGGGUGUCGGCAAGAUCUUUGACUACAACAAGACGCAAUUCGUGAGGAACAUUGCCAAGGCCGUCGGCUUCCUCAUCCCCAAGGAGAUCGAGGCCGAGGGCACGCCGUACGCUGGUCCAACUCUUGCCGACUGCGAGCAAUGGAACCGAGAUCACCAGAGCCCGGCCACCGACAUCAUGAAGGGCCGCAACAUCGGUGAGCAUCAGGACUGGUACUCGGAUGCCCGAUUUGCUCAGCAGCACCUGAGCGGUGUCAACCCUUCAACCAUCGAGAAGGCUCCCAAGGGCAAGAUCCAGGAGUACAUUGCGCAAGCUGAAAAGCAGGGCGCUGAUGGUAUCAAGAAGAUCCUCUCGAGCGGCAAGGACAUUCUCAUUCAGGAUUACUCGUACUUCCGAAAGGCUACAGGUCUCAAGGAUGAAGAGACCUUUAUCAACGUUGUCCCCAUCCUCAAUGAGCAGAACGUACCCAUCGGCAAGGCAGAGCGAUACGCUUGUGCUCCGAUUGUCAUCUUCCAACUACACGAGGACGGAAGACUUCACCCACUCGCUAUCACCAUCGACUACAAGGGCUCUCUCGACAAGUCUGUCACCAUCUUCAACAAGAGGCUGACCCCCGAUGACAACAAGGUCAACGAGAAGGAGGACUGGCCGUGGCGAUACGCCAAGACCUGCGCCCAGACUGCCGACUGGGCUAGACACGAGAUUGCUACUCAUCUCGUCGACACGCAUAUGGUCGAGGAGGCCAUCAUCGUCGCCACCAACCGAACCAUCCCCGAGGGCCAUCUCCUGUACGAGAUUCUCAGCCCCCACUGGUUCAGAACCCUAGCCCUCAACUCCGCCGCCCGCACACUUCUCGUCCCAGCCGUCAUCGCCAGAAUCGCUGGCUUCGGCCCCACGUGGAACCCUGCGGACCCUGACAAGUCCAAGUACCGAGCCUUCAAGCUUGUCGACUACUCGUACAAGAACUUCAACUUUGUCGACAAGUACAUCCCCAACGACCUCAAGAAGCGAGGCUUCGACAUUGAGAAGGAGAAGUACGAGAAGUACCGCAACUACCCCUACGCCUACGACAUGUACCUGCUCUGGGGUGUCAUCCGCGAGUUUGUCCAGUCGGUGCUUGAGACCAAGUACAAGUGUGACGCCGACGUGAAGAACGACAAGUACAUUCUUCCCUGGUGCCAGGAGAUCCAGAGCCAGAACGGUGGUCAAGUCACCUCGUUCCCCACCAUCAAGACUGUUGACGAGCUCAUCGACGCUGUCACCAUGUGCAUCCACAUUGCAUCUCCCCAGCACACUGCCGUCAACUACCUCCAGGACUACUACUACAGCUUCGUCCCCGCCAAGCCUCCGGCGCUCUGCACCCCCCUGCCCGGUGACCUCAACACCCUCAAGGGCUACACGGAGGCGGAUCUCACCAAGGCACUCCCCAUCGGCACUGAAGGUCCCAAGUGGAAGGACUGGCUUCUGGCGGCCCAGCUCCCCGAGCUGCUGAGCUUCAAGGUCGACGACCGGUACAACCUCCUCACGUACGCCAAGUCGCUGUACAACGUCAACAAGGCCCGAAACAUCGGGGACAACCCAGAGUUCAACGCCGCUGCCAUCAAGGACGCAGCCAAGACCCUCUACAGCCGUCUCAAUGACCUUUCCGAGAUUUUCCAGAUCAUUUCGCUGGCUCAGACUAAUGGUAAUGUCGAGUACCCGGUCCUGGAGCCAUCGACGACUGCUAUCUCCAUCUUGAUCUAA